AUGGCUGCGGUGGUGCCACCGGCUGCCGGUGCAACGGCGGCCAGCGGCGCCAGCCCCUUGAGCCCCUGGCGACCUCGGCUGCUCCUGCGAGAACGGCCGCCCGCGCAGAGCGCCGCGCCGCGGGGUCGCCGCGGGCCGGGGGGCGGGGCGCCGCGCCAGCGAGGGGCGUCGGCGGCCCGCGGGCGGCGAAGGGCCUGCCCGAUGCCGGCCGCGGUGGCCGCGGCAGCCGCGGGGGGCUGCCUCGCCGGCGCUGGCGUCGGUGCUGGCAGCCUCGCGGCGUUGCUGCGGAGGAAGAGCAAGAUCGGCCCGGACGACAAGGAGGUGCGCCCAGACGGUUACAGCUCCCCCGGGGUGUCGGGGAAGUACGCAUCCCCCGUGACGCACCUGAGGCGCCAGGCCACGCUGCCCGGGGGCGCCAAGCCUCUUGCGAAGAUCUCCGCGGAUGCCUCCCUGACGAAGUCGCUGGCCGACUUCCAGAAGACAGACCGCCCCCUCUCGCCAGAGCCGUGGCCCGACAGCCGGCUGAGGGGAGCCCUGGCCUCCAGCCAGACGGGCGUUUACCCGCUACCGACCCUGUCUGAGGCCCAGGCCAGCGCCGCUGAGAACUCCGCCGAGAACUGGGCGGCGAGCGCCGCGGCGGUCGUGCCGCUCGAGCGGUCCGCGCAGGUUGCGCCCGCCUCUGCGAUCGCCGUGCCGUGGGCGCCGCAGGGCCAGCGCUUGCAGUCGGGUGGGCUCCGCCGCAGCGGGGUCCGCGCAGCGAGGGUGGCGCGCCCGAGCUGCAGCGGCUUGCCGAGCCAGCGCGCCGUCGACACCGCGGCGCACCCCAACUCCACGGCGCCCCUGCCCGGCGGCGCCGCACCGAUGGCGGCGGAGGCCGAGGAGAGGGCCGAGCGCCUGGCCGCGGAGCUCGCGCGGGCCCAGGCCGACAGCGAGGCGCAGGGCAGGACGUACCAGGAGGCCUUCGCUGCCCUCAAGGAGAAGGCCCGCGCCACCGUGACGCGCAUGCGGGAGCAGGAGGAGGAGCGCGUGGGCGUGCUGGAGUCCGAGCUGAGCGCCGCACUUGCGAAGGAGGCGGAGCGCGUGGGCGCGCUGCAGUCCGAGCUGAGUGCCGCCCUCGCGCAGGGCGACGGCUCCCGCGACGCCCUCGCGGGGGAGCUCGCGGCCGCGCGCGGGGCGGCGCAGGAGGCCCGGGCCGAGCUGUGCGGGCAGAGCGAGGCGGCGGGCGCGGAGCUGUCGCAGGCGCGGCAGGAGCUGCGAGCCGCGCAGGAGGCGCAGGAGCUCGUGCAGGCCGGCGCCGCCUCCCAGGCUGGCGAGAAGGCCGAGCACCUGGCCGCCGAGCUCGCGCAGGCCCAGGUCGACAGCGAGGCUCAGAGCAGGUCGUUCCAGGAGGCCCUGACGAGCCUCCAGGAGAAGGCCCGCGCCACCGUGACGCGCAUGCGGGAGCAGGAGCCGCGCGCCGCGGCGCGAUGCUCCGGCGGUGGCGACGGCGACGGCGACCUGCGGCAGGAGGCGGAGCGCGUGGGCGCGCUGCAGUCCGAGCUGAGUGCCGCCCUCGCGCAGGGCGACGGCUCCCGCGACGCCCUCGCGGGGGAGCUCGCGGCCGCGCGCGGGGCGGCGCAGGAGGCCCGGGCCGAGCUGUGCGGGCAGAGCGAGGCGGCGGGCGCGGAGCUGUCGCAGGCGCGGCAGGAGCUGCGAGCCGCGCAGGAGGCGCAGCGGCGCUCCGCCCGGGAGCUCGGGCAGGCGCGCUCCGAGUGCCAGGAGCUCCUCGGCGGCCUCGCGCGGGCGGACGCCGGGCCGGCGCAGCAGGCCGCCGACGGCCGGGUGGAGGAGCUGCAGCAGCAGCUGGGCCUCUGCAGGUUGGACCAGCAGGCGGCCCAGCAGGAGGCCGGUGCCCUACGAGGGGAGCUUGCCGCGUCCAACGCCAGGUGCGCCGAGCUGCACCUGCUAGCGGACCAGCGGGAGGAGCAGCUGGGGGCCGCCCGGGCGGAGCUGGCCGCGCUGCGGCCGGAGCUGGACCGCCUCCGCCAGGAGCUGUCCCGGCACGAGGCCGACGGCAGAGCGGCCCGCGAGGCCGCGGCCGCGGCGGCGGAGACCGGAGACGAGAACGCAGCAUGA